AUGUCGACCAACGAGACCGCGUAUUGCGUUGAAGUUCUCGCCGCUACCGUCUUCUACGUGCCCUAUCAACUUUACUAUUUGACGUGCACAAUUUUCUCGAUCAUCUCGCUAUUUCUCAUCGUCUACUUUCUGCGCGUCUAUAUUUGGAAGUCGACGUUUCAUCCGAGCUUCAAGAUUCUCACGGCGAUCUACUUUCUAGCCACCUUCUGCCAUUCGCUAUGCUUCAUUGCGGGCUCUGUAAUGCUUCUCGAGAGGAUCUUGUCGUAUGCGGAGCCGUGCGACAUCACCUUUCGUCGAAUCCCAUACACACUGGUGCACUAUCCGCUGGCUUGUAGUUUGGCUGUUGGGCUGCUUACCCAGACGAUUCUCGUUUUUGAGCGACUUGUGGCCACUAUCAAGCAUGAGAAUUAUGAGCACUUUUACUCGAGAUUCUACCUAUUCUUAUUUUUGAUUUUGACGGUCGUCUUUCCGUGCUUCGCGAUUAUCUGGAUAUAUCGUCACGGCGAUUUCGGGCAGCCGGUGAUCUCCAUUCUAAGCCCGCCGGCGAAUGUUGAGAAUGGCCUCGGUAGAGGCUUCAUUUUGGCGUUCUUCAUUUCAUUCGCCGCGUUGGCCAUUCUGAUCUACCUGCAGAUUGCGAACAGGCGGCUUGAGAGAAGACUCGAUUUUAGUUUGUCGGGAAAAUUCCAAAUUCAUGAGAACGUGCGAACGACGAGCUUCAUCACACGAAUUCUCAUUCUCAACAUGAUAAUAACGAUUUUAUACAGCGGCGGCGUUUUUGCGCUUCGAAAUUAUCGAUUUGAAGCGCUUGAAAAUAACAAACCGUUCGGCCAUUUCCUCCGAAAUCUCUUCUACCUUCACCCAUUGAAUGCUGUCGUCGUCCCAACGAUGUCAAUCAUGCACGUGGCGCGAAUGAAGCGAAAACGCGUCAAAACCUCGACGGACCAUAUUCGAAUGCCGUCGAAAGGCAAAGAGGCCGCCGAGGCCUAUCUGAAAAUGCUCAGAGAUCAAUGGAGCCAAUAA